AUGUCUUCCAACUCAAAAACUUGCCGUCACAAAUCAAGGAGCACCGAGGGUAAUCCCGAGGAUAUGGUCGAGCAAGUCAAAAGCAUCAUUACUCUGCUAGACGAAGUUGUCUCUUUUAGACCGCACGAAUGCGAAACAUAUAUUCCGUCUGCUCGCUCAGCCGUCACCGCUCUCGAGCACAUUCGAUUCUUUCGUGACCCAGCACGUUUCGCUGAGCAAGUCUGGAUUAUCCGAGGUCUUCAAAGCUUUGCCUUCUUCGAUGCAGACAAUGGUAGUGUGAUAGAUAUUGCAGACUUUUGCCAGAAUGCAUGGCUGAGAGUUUUGAGAAACUAUCCUGAGAAUGUUGACGUCUUGACGGGAUUGGGUAGGAAUUGGCUUCAAAGAUCUCAAGCGACUCUAGCGCGCAUCCACUGCGAAGAAGGAAAUGAUACCACAGGUACCACCGACUUGGCCAUCCACUUCCUGGAGUACGAUUCUGAUGAUUGUUCCUUUCUAGCACCACCAAAUGAUCCACGUAGACAGGGUCCCCUUUAUGUUGAAGCCCGAGGCUAUCUUCAGCCAGCCGUGGACUUUUUCACUCGAGCUAUUCGAGCGGCUGAUGGACUCGGAUCUACUUCCGGUGAUUUGCUAGCUUCGGCGGCAGAAUCACAUAUGAGUCUAGGUAAUGUGUCUGCAUCUCCAGCAGACGAGCGCGCAUUUACUCAAGCAAUUCGAUAUUUACGUCGUGCGGAAUCAACACAGGGAUAUCAGUUAUCGAUUUAUCUGCAACAAUAUCUUAAUGAUUAUGGAAGAUAUGUUUCUUAA